GGACGCGCGCGCCUCCGACUUCGGGCCGCGAGAGGAGGGCUCAGGACCCCGGACUCCGGCUCGGCGCUGCCCAUCCAGACCUGAUCUUGGCCGCGAGCGGCACGAGAUGAGCAGCAGUGACUCCUCCCUCCUGGCUGGGAUCAUUUACUAUAGCCAGGAAAAGUACUUCCGCCACGUGCAGCAGGCUGCAGCUGUGGGGCUGGAGAAAUUCAGCAAUGACCCCGUGCUGCAGUUCUUUAAGGCCUAUGGACUCCUCAGGGAAGAGCGUGUCCAGGAUGCCAUCAGUGAGCUGGAGAACAUCCGUGGUCACCCGGACCUGUCCCUGUGCUCCAUCAUGGCCCUGCUUUAUGCUCACAGACACUGUGAAACCAUUGAUAGAGAAGCGAUUCAGGAGCUGGAGAGCAGCCUAAAGGAAGUCCGCAAGCUGGCCAGUGAGACUGCCCUCUACUAUGCCAGCCUCUUCCUCUGGCUCAUCGGCCGCUACGACAAGGCCAAGGAGUAUGUUGACCACAUGCUGAAGGUCUCCAGCAGCUCCAGAGAGGGCUAUGUGCUCAAAGGCUGGGUGGACCUCACCUCAGAGAAGCCCCACCUUGUGAAGAAAUCCAUCAAGUACCUGGAGCAAGGCAUUCAGAGCAACAAGGAUGCGCUGGGGCUGAUGGGAAAGGCGACCUACCUCAUGAUGCAGCAGAACUACUCGGGGGCCCUGGAUGCAGUGAACCAGAUCUCCACAGCCUCAGGGAGCUUCCUGCCAGCCUUGGUCCUGAAGAUGCGGCUGUUCCUGGCUCAGCAGGACUGGGAGCAGAUGAUAGAAACGGCGUACAGAAUCCUUGAAAAAGAUGACAGCAAUAUUGAUGCCUGCCAAAUGCUAGUGGUCCACGAGCUUGUGAGAGAAGGAAACAUGACCACAGCAACUGAUCAUGUUAGAAAUCUAAUUAAGGCAUUAGAGAUGAGAGAGCCCCAAAAUCCAAACCUCCAACUUAAGAAAGUUCUUGUGGUCAGCAGACUGUGUGGAAGGCACCGGGCAAUUCUACGGCUAGUGAGCAGCUUCGUGGAGCGCAUCUUCCUGGCUAUGCCCUCCUGUGCUCAGGUGGCCACGGAGCUGGGCUACCUCUACAUCCUGCAGAACCAAGAGAAGGAGGCAGCUCUGUGGUACUUGGAGGCCACGAAGCUGGGAGAGAACAGUAUGGCUGCACUGACAGGGACCAUCUGGUGCCACAUCUUGAGAGAUGAGCUGGAGGAGGCCGAGCACCAGCUGGAGUUCCUGAAGGAGGUGCAACAGUCCCUGGGGAGGUCUGAGGUGCUGGUUUUCCUCCAAGCCCUUCUGGCAUCUAAGAAGCACAAGGGAGAACAGGAGGUCACAGCGCUCCUGAGGGAGGCGGCAGAGCUUCACUUCUCAAGCAUUCAGGGCCUGCCCCUGGGCCCCGAGUACCUGGAAAAGCUGGACCCCCCCUUCCUGGUCUGCAUUGCCAAGGAGUAUUUGCAGUUCUGCCCCAAGCAGCCCCGGGCGCCAGGCCAGCUCGUGUCUCCGCUCCUUAAACAGGCUGCAGUGAUCUUGAGUCCGGUGGUGAAGGCAGCCCCUGCCUUGAUGGAACCCCUGUACGUAAUGGGUCAGGUCAAGUAUCUCUCAGGCGAGCUGGAGAAUGCGCAGAGCACUGUGCAGCGCUGCCUGGAGCUGGACCCCACCUCCACGGAUGCCCACCUGCUCAUGGCACAGAUCUACCUGGCACAGGGCAACUUUGCCAUGUGCUCCCACUGCUUAGAGCUGGGCGUCAGCCACAACUUCCAGGUCAGAGACCACCCACUGUACCACUUGAUCAAGGCCAGGGCCCUCAACAAGUCCGGGGACUAUCAGGAGGCCAUAAAAACACUGAAAAUGAUCAUGAAACUGCCCACCCUCAAGGCAGAAGAAAGCAGGAAGACCCGCAGUCCCUCCAUGCAGCCCAGCGAGCGGGUGUCCAUCCUCCUGGAGCUGGUAGAUGCCCUCCGGCUGAACGGGGAGCUGCAUGAGGCCACCAAGGUCAUGCAGGACGCCAUCAACGAGUUCAGUGGCACAGCAGAGGAGAUCUGCAUCACCAUUGCCAACGUAGACCUGGCCCUGAGCAAGGGCAACGUGGACCUGGCCCUGAGUAUGCUGAGGGACAUCACACCCAAGCAGCCCUGCUACACUGAAGCCAAGGAGAAGAUGGCCAGCAUCUACCUGCAGAGUCGCAAAGACACCUACCUCUACAUUGGAUGCUACCGUGAGCUCUGUGAGCAUCUGCCGGGUCCCCACACCAGCCUGCUCUUGGGUGAUGCUUUCAUGAACAUUCAGGAGCCCGAGAAGGCCCUGGAGGUCUACGAUGAGGCCUAUAAGAAGAAUCCACACGACGCCUCCCUGGUCAGCAGAAUUGGGCAAGCAUAUGUGAAGACACACCAGUACUCCAAGGCAAUUAAUUAUUAUGAGGCUGCUCAGAAGAUUAGCGGGCAGGACUUUCUGUGCUGCGAUCUAGCUGAACUGCUCCUGAAGUUAAAGAAGUUCAACAAAGCAGAAAAGGUUUUGAAGCAGGCGCUGGAACGUGACUUUGUUAAAGACAUCCCAUCCAUGAUGAAUGAUGUUAAGUGCUUGCUUUUGCUGGCAAAGGUUUACAAGAGCUAUAAAAAAGAAGAGGUGUUGGAGACUUUGAACAAGGCCUUGAACCUCCAGUCUCGGAUACUGAAGCGGGUUCCACUGGAGCAACCAGAAAUGCUCCCCUCCCAGAAGCAACUGGCAGCCUCCAUCUGCAUGUUGUUCGGGGAGUUCUACUUGGCAGAGAAGAACUAUGCCAGGGCAGUGCAAUCUUACAAGGACGCCCUCUCCUACUCGCCUACUGACAAUAAGGUGGUGCUGGAGCUGGCACACCUCUCCCUGCUCCAGGGACACCUGGACUUGUGUGAGCAGCACCUUGCUGUCCUCCUGCAAACAGAUCAGACCCACGAGACUGCCUCCGUGAUGAUGGCUGACUUGAUGUUUAGAAAACAGAACUACGAAUCGGCCAUCAAUCUCUACCACCAAGUUCUAGAGAAAGCACCAGACAAUUUUUUGGUAUUGGAUAAAUUAAUUGAUCUGCUACGAAGAAGUGGCAAACUUGAUGAGGCUCCUACCUUCUUUCAAUUGGCCAAGAAGAUGUCCAGCCGGGUACCUAUGGAGCCAGGCUUCAACUACUGCAGAGGCAUCUACUGCUGGCACGUAGGACAGCCCAACCAAGCCUUGAAGUUCCUAAACAAAGCCCGCAAGGACAUCACUUGGGGUCAGAAGGCCAACUACUACAUGGUGCACAUCUGUCUGAAUCCAGACAAUGAGAUCAUGGGUGGAGAGGCGUUUGAGAACCAGCUGACUAAGAGCAAGAAGGAAUCUGAGCAGCAGGGCAUACGCACUGCGGAGAAGCUGCUGCGUGACUUCUACCCGCUCUCGGCCUUUGGGCAGACCCAGCUGCGGCUGCUGCAGAGCCUCUGCCUGCUGGCCACCAGGGAGAAGGCCAACGUGGAGGCUGCACUAGGAGCCUUCCUCGAGAUUGCACAGGCUGAGAAGGACAGCGUCCCCGCCUUGCUGGGCAUGGCACAGGCCUGCGUGCUGCUGAAGCAGAUCCCCAAGGCGCGCACACAGCUGAAGCGCCUGGCCAAGGCCCCAUGGACACUGGCCGAGGCUGAGGACCUGGAGAAGAGCUGGCUCCUGCUGGCCGACAUCUACAGCUCAGGCGGCAAGUUCGACCUCGCCUCAGAGCUCCUGCGCCGCUGCAUCCAGUACAACAAGUCCUGCUACAAGGCCUAUGAGUACAUGGGCUUCAUCAUGGAGAAGGAGCAGUCCUACAAGGACGCAGCCACCAACUACGAGCUGGCCUGGAAGUACAGCCAUCAGGCCAACCCCGCCAUCGGUUUCAAACUUGCUUUCAACUACUUGAAGGACAAGAAAUUUGUGGAAGCCAUAGAAGUCUGCCACAAAGUCCUCAGGGAGCACCCCAGCUACCCCAAGAUCAGAGAAGAAAUUUUGGAAAAAGCUCGAAGGUCCUUGAGGCCCUAGCUAUCGCCAGAAGGGACUGUGGCUGGUGGAAACCAUUGACCUACAGCAGUCUCAUGGAGGGGCAGGAAGUGGGUUAGUGAAGGAAUUUAGUAAAUGACAUAUUCUUCCAUGUUUCUACA